UUCAUGCAUGUUUGUGUCAUUCUCUUCUACCUCCCUUUUAGGACAUAGAAAACGCGUUGAAGGUGUCACAAAAAGUAAUCAAGGAGUUGGAUGGUAAAGUGAAAGACAAAGACGCAGAGAUCGGAACACUUGAGAGCGGUGGAAAGAAGGGUGCUAAGGCUAUCCAAGGACUGACAGAGAUGGUCAGAGCUAAAGAUAAAGAGAUUCAACAACUAUGUGACCAAAUAGAGGAUAUGGAGGAGGCCCUCACGAAGGCUAAUGAGAGAGUCAACAAGGCAGAGCGCAAGAAACAUGAGGGUAUCGAGCAGCAAAACACUUCAUUGUCAGAAUUAGAAGAUAAGAUGAGCGAUAUGAGAUCACAAUUGCACACCAAAGAUCUAGAGAAUGAGCGAUUGCAGCGUUCAAUGGCGAGGAAGCAGCAUGAGUUAGAGAGGCUUCGAGACGAGGUGAGAGAAGCAGAGGACCAAACAGAUGGCAUGACAAGGCAGAAAGACGAUACAAUGAAGCUUUUAAAGGACCAACUUCAAGAUGCAAAAGCGAAAUCCAAAGAAAACGCAGAUGCCAUUAAACAACAUUACCAGAACCUUCUUGAUGAUAGCCAGCACCAGCUGGAUAUGAAGGAGAAGGCCAUUCAGAGGCUGACUAAAGGACUCCAAGAAAAGGACAGACUAGUCAAGGAAUACAUGGAGCUUGCAAAGAAUGCCAGCUUGCCUGAUGCUCAGCAGGCAUCAACCGAGAGCAUCUUACAAGACCUCAGAGACAAACUAGCCGACAGGGAUAAAGCUUUGCAGGAGGCAAAUGACGAGAAAAUCAAGGCUGUAGAUGCUAAGGAGGCAGAACUGAGAGCAUUGAAACAAAGCCUUAGGGAUCACCAAAGAGACCUUGAGAGAGCUAAUGGGGAUAUGAUGGAAGAUGCUAACAGGCUAGGGGAACUGGAAGCUAAAAUGAAGGAUUUAGACAACAAGAACAAACAACUCUCUGACAGUGUCAAGGCACUCAACAAAGCUAACCAUGAUGCGGAGGAUAACCACCACCGGUCCCUUGGUGAGAAGGAUGCAAUCAUCAGCCGUCUCCAGGCAGCCAUCGCUGGGAAGGAGAGGGAGCUGGAGGAGGAACGAGGCGCUCAGCAGAAGAACCAGGACCGCAACGGAGCGGCCCAGAACGUGGCCAUCCAGCAGCUGACCGAACGACUCAGGGACAAGGAUAAACAACUGGAGGAGAUUGUCCGGGAGCGAGCUCAAGUAGCCGCGGCCAAUGAGAAAGCUACGCAAGACCUCCUGCAGACCAUUAGAGACAAGGACACUCAGAUCAAGGAUCUGAAUGACAAGUACAACAGAGCCCUGGUAGCUAAGAGCAACGCACUGAGAGACCUACAGAGACAGGUCAACGAGAAGGAAUAUGAACUGCAGAACGCAGAAGAGACGCUUGCAAGAGCUGACCAUGAGCAGGGCACUCUCCUUGGAAAGAUGAGGAACGCCUUGGGGGAGAAAGACAAGACGAUAGAGAAGCUGCUUGAGAGUGGUCGGGAGAAGGACAGGUUGUUCUUGGAGAUGCAGCAGUCGGCCGUGAGGGCGUCACCCAGUCCGUCACACCAUGCCGAGAUGUCAAGGCUCAAGGAUGAUAAUGAUAGACUCAACAGGGAGAUAGACAAACUCAAAGAUCUGCUAGCAAGACUGAGAUCUCAGAAGCCUGAUGAGGAAUAUGUGGCCUCUCUCAGGGAGGAUCUGGAUAACAAAAAUAAACUACUAGCCAAGGCAAAGGAAUCUUUGGAGUCUCUUCAAGAUGGGCAAGAGGCAGAUAGGCAGGCCAAACAGAAUGCAGCCAAGCUUCGCAGGAAGAUCGUGGAUCUGGAGGACGACCUCCAAGCCAAGCAAGACCGCAUCGAUGAGCUUAACAAUGCAGGAAGGAUCAAGGAUGGUCUGAUCAAGGAACUGAAGAUGGAGAACGGCAGGUUGGGAAAUAGCGACCAAUCUCCCAGAGGAAGUGAUACAUCAGAACAGCUUCAACAGCUCAUGCAGGAACAAAUCCGAGAGCUUAGUCGCCUUACCAACGCCCUCCACGCCAACCUCCCCCUCAACGUCAACAUCACCCACCAGAGCGAGACAGGAAGCAGCCGAGACACGUCCCACGAUGAUAGAGACAAGAACAGCCUGAGGGACGUCCUGGGGGCUGAACUGGCUGCCAUGCAGACCCUGAGGAGGCAGAUUGAGGAGGGCAUGGGAAGGAGGAAUGAUAAUCACCUGCAUGUGGUGAUAGACAGACAAGGUGCUGUGCAAUCGUCAACGACUAGUGGUGUAGGUAGCGGAGUCGGCAGUGAUAGCAAUGAUGUUUCGCCAACUAUCACCACAGCCAGUGAGGCACAGCGCAGAAGCUUUGGAGUUGGCCAUGAUCCAGAGAGCAUGCAACCACCUCCUCUCUUCUCCCGAGACACCAAUCUCUACAUUCCAGUUCCCCAACCGGGUCUCAGCCUGGACGAACUAUCAUAUCCCACAGCUGCCACCAAAGACGAGCUCCAGAGAGAGGUGAUGGAGCUCCGGUCUCAGCUCAAGGAGUCCAAGCGGAGGCAGCAGACCCUUGAGAAGCAGUUGGAGCGGGAAGAGCUCGAGAGCUUGAGGAGCAUCCCAGGACACGACCAGACCGAUCCCACCGCUGCCACCCGUGAGGAGCUCCAGCGGGAGGUGGCGGAUCUCCGUUCCAACCUCAAGGAUGCCAAGAGGCGGUACCAGUCCCUGGAGAAGAGGAUUGAGCGGGAGGAGCUGGAGAGCCUUAGGAGCGUUCCCGGACAGGAGACGGACGGUGAUCCCCAGGUGAUCUCUGGGCUUCAGAAAGAUCUGGCAGGACUGAGGAAGAAGCUGAGGGAGAGCGAGAGACAGAACACCACACUCAAACAACAGUUGGAUGCAGCGUUACUUAAUCAAGCAAGCAGUGACAGUUCAGGAGACCAUGUGGUUCCAAUCUUGAAGCAACAGCUUGAUCAAGCCAAAGCACUGCUAGAAGAGAAGAAUCAUAAACUACAGGCAGCUGAACAGCAGAAUGCUGCUCUACGUCAUCAUCUCGGUAUUGGUCCUGAAUCUCCUCCAGAGUCUGGAAGAGACCUUGUUGACAACCUCAAGUUAGAGAAUGAACACCUAGCGUCUCAGCUUCAGGAAGCAGUGAAACGUGUACAGGGUAGACAACAUGAUAGCCAGAACAAAUAUGGACAGACGUCGAUGGGUGCUUCAGCAGACAGUGUGCAGGUCGCACUUCUCCAGAAGAAACUGGACAAAGCGCAGAACUUGAUUGAGCUUCUGAAGAGGCAUAUUCAUCUGAAUGGCUCAGGAGCGGAAGGACAGGAGAGAGAGUUCAAUCCUGAGUUAAUUGUAGACAUGGCAAAGGAGAUUGAGCGUCUGCGCAAGGAGCUGGACUCCACGCAGGACCAAGAGCAAGUGACCCGUGAUAAAGCAGACCGGACCAGUAGGAUCCCAGUGAGAAAGGCUUCAAGUUCGAACAAGGCUGUCAUGCCUCCAUCUUUGAACAAGCAGCUUGAGAAGGCCCAGUUGGAGAUGAAUGCAACAAAGAGAAGGUUCAAAGCUUUGACUCUCAAGCUUCAUGCCACGGAGGGCACCGUUCAUCAACAGGCCGAACGCAUCAAGCGUUAUAGAAGACAACUCCACAACGUGGGAUUGCCAGUACCAGGUACCCCUAAGCGUGUCAGCAGCGACUCCAAUCUGCUGAAUACAUCUACUUAUGCUCAAGCUAACCGUCGCUUGUCGGCGGUUUCUCUGUCGCAUAUCCCCAGUUCUGAUGACGACAGGGACAGUACAUCUUCGGCAAGCUUGACCCCAUCAGAAAGAAGUGUGGGCCCUGCUGAUGUAACGUUUGCUGGGUUUGGUUUGACCAACGACACCGAUGAACUCAAAGAGCAGGUUACAGUCCUCAAGAAGCAGUUGAAGAGAUGCCGCCACGUCAUCCGCAAGCUCCAGGUCCGUAUUCAAAAUGGCGGAUUAAGCCGCCCCACCAGCCCAUCCCGCGAUCCUUCUAACCCCAACCCUUGGUUCGAGCUGGUCGCCAACAGAGCGGCCUUUGAGCGUCUCCAGCAGGAUCUGGAGAACGUCACGAGCCAGCUGGAGAAGGUGAUGGACGCCAACGGCUCCCUGCAGGAGCGCAACCAGGAGCUGCUGUCUGAGCUGGUGGAGCUCCAGACCCAGAAGCAGAACUCCUUCAGCGAGGAGGUGAUCAGGUCCCAGGAGAUGGAGAUCGGCCGGCUCCACGAGCAGCUGGCGGAGCUUCGCAGCCUGAUGGCUGUCCUCACCAACAUGCUGACGGAAGCGUUGGGAAUCCUGAAGGGACUGGAGAAGGAUAACAAGACAGCCAUGGAAGGGGCCGACUCUGAGAGGGUGACUGUCAUUGAGGAGAGGCUGAGAGAUGGCACGGAAGUGGUGGAUACAAUCAAAAGACUCAUAGGAGAUGAAUCGCAGUUUGGAAGAAGGCAAAGUGAAGACGAUGUCAGGGAAUUGUUUUCAGACAGGUUGCGAGUGAAGGACGAGCAGAUGCAGCAGCUAAGAGAUGAGAUCAGAGGACAACAGAAGCUAAACAGAGAACUCCAAGAGAUCCUACACAAUAACCAACUCAAAGCAGACAGCAUGAAGGAUGAACUGAAAAGGUUGAAAUCUGAGCAGGGUCGGGACACCAAGAUGCUGGAGGAUCUGGAGAGCCAGAAGAAACAGAUUCAAGACAUGCAGGAUAUCUUACGCAGACAGGAGCAGAGAGCAGAGGCUUCAAGGAAGGACGUAGAGAGGGAGUACGAGAAAGAGAUCAUCAUCCUGCAUGACAGAUUGGAGGAAGCGAGGACGAUGAACGACAAGCACAGAGAGAAGAGGAAGAAGACGACUUCAUCUGGCUCGGAACACUCGGAUGGUCAAGGUAGUAUCUACCUGUACGAAACCAACAUCAAGCUGACGACCGACAAUAGCGCCCUCCAGAGGCGGCUUGCCGAACAGGAGGACAAGACCCUCAGGGUAAAAGCCGAGUUGGACAGAGCAAACAAAGAAAUCAAAAGAUUGCUCUCUGAGAAGCGUCGGUAUAGUGAUCAGAAUCAGAGGCUACAUGAUCAGGUGACGGAUAACGAGCAGCUUGCAAACUCACUACGCUUUGAACUCAGUAUCUAUGAGCAACUCCAUCAAAAAGAUGGCAGCACAAGAUCACCUGGUUCCCAAGGCAGGGGUGCGGAUAACGGACACUCCUCAUCUCGCCCCUCCCCAUCCCGUCUCCACGUCAUCGACCGGACCACGGGCGUCGACCUCUCUGAGCUCCUCCAGGAGCUGCGUCACCUCCGGAUCCAGCUGGAGCGCAGCAUCGACACCAACAAUGCCCUGAGGAUCCGCCUGGAGGAGGCCCUUAGGGAGAAGACCCUGUCAUCUCCCAACGCCGCCACCGCCGCCGGGGCCGGGAAGGCAUCCUCGUCCUCGUCGCCACGGGCAACCAUCAUCUCAGAGGAGGUGAGGAUACACACCACCAGCAACUGGAACAGCAGCAGCAGUAGUACAAGGAGAAGAUCAAGCGACGAUAGGACAAAGAGCGGCAGCGCAAGGAAACUCUUCACAGAUGGAAAGAAUCAGAAGCAUCCUGAAGGAAAUGGACAUUUAGAUGAAGACUUCUCAGUGGAUGGUAUUGAACAUCUCUUCAGCAACAGGGACAGCAGGGUGAAGAAAUCCUCUUCAGUGCAUUCAGAUCUAUCCGAGGGCGGAUCCAAGAAGGAGAGUUAUGCCGUCUCCAUGGCAACGACCUAUGAAGCUGUCAGGUCAGGGGUCAAGGAGGCAGCUGUCGUCGGGGGAACCAUCGAGAAGCUGCUCAGGGAGAAGCUGUCCAGGCUUGCACAGGCGGUAGAGGAGAGUAGCCCACAUUCCCGAGGGGACCUUGCAGAGGUAGAGAGUGGAGACCACACCCUUCUCACGACCCUCUCCCGCGACGUGAAGCGCCUGGUGAAGCUCUUGGACACCAGCAGGCGUCACCUGGUGAACUUUUGGAUGACUGAUCGUCUGGUGCAGCAACACUCACAGAGUGAUGAGGUCAAGGAGCUGAGAAAACGGCUUGGAGCCCAAGAUAGAUUGAUGAAGGAAGCCCGGGAUCGACUAGCAGCCACAAAUAGAGAGAAGGAGACCAUGGAAGAUGCUAUCAUCAGGCAGUUGUGCAAAACUCACAAUGUCAUCAAAAAAGCAAAAGGCAACCUUCAGGCAUCAGAAGCAUAAGGACGUAACGACCACCUAAACCAACAUUUAGAGGCCUAAGGUCAUAGCAACCACCUGAAAAAAAUGUAGAGAAAUAAGGGCGUAGCAAGCACAUAAACAUGCUCAGCAGCAUGAUGACGUAACAUCCACCUGACCCCAACAUUAGAAGCAUAAGGUCGAAGCAGUCACCUGGAAAAGCUGUAAAGGAAUAAGGGCGUAGCAAGCACAUAAACACGAUCAGGGGCAUAAGGACCUAAGUAGAACGAAGGAGAUAGAAAUGUAUACAACACAUUUUUGAUGAGCUGUCUUUCUCUUUUUUACACCCAGUUUCACAAAUUAUAUAUAUUCUACGAUUUUCUUUCUAUUUUGUAUACACUUGCACUCUCAGACAGGAAAUGAAAUAACCUAUAUCAGAUGAAAUUUAUAAAAUCAUAAAGCAUUCCAGUUGAUGUAAACUGUAAACUGUUUUUAAAUGUGGUCAAGUCUCUUUUUGCGAGAUAGUGAGUGAACUCCUUUUCUGCCAGGGAAUACAUGUUUGGGUUAUUUUUGCCUCCAAUUUAAAGAAAUAUUUAAAGCAAACUAAACCGUUAAUAAUAUAUAUAAUGCUUGAGCAGAAAUGAUUUGUGCACUGAUCAGUAAAGCAGUUAACAGGAAACGGACAGUGUACAGGAUUGAAAUGUCAAUCCACAUAGCAAGAGCUAGAUAAGAUUUUGUAGCUAGGAACCUGAGAAGUUUUAACAUUAUUUUGGUAUUUUGAUGACCUUCUCUUAUUAAUGUUUUUAUUUUUCUAAAAGAUGAUUUCCUUUGACAUUUAAAUUCUUCAUUAGUAUUUUUUAAGGACUUGGUGUAUUUAGGGUUAGGCUAUAUAGAUGGAGUUGAGUUUCAAUAAAAGAUACAAGAUAUUAUUUCUGAAGGCCAAGUAUUCAAGGAAUGGAAAUAUUAAUGAAAACGUUAUAUUUUGCUUACUUUUAUAAAAUAAUAAGCAGAAUUAUUACUUUC